ACAGGAGCUAUCAGCGAGAGAUGGUUUACUGUCUAUAACAAGACGACUAUUUCGCCGUCAACUACAACGAAUUCAAGGGGGAUCUAGUGGACGCAGGGCAAACCCUUUUUGGCAGACAAACCUUUUCCUCCUGUCAGGGCCAGAUAUUGAGGUUCUACCCCCCAGUUCAGAACUUGCUGAACUCUCCAAACUUGGAUUAGGACAACCUGUGCAUGAAUCCACAGAGGCUGGACAAACAAGGUCAAAGAUUGAGUUAAACUGGAGUUUAUCUGAACUGAAUAACUUUGUUUGCCAAAGCUACCCUCUUGUCAGUUUAAAUUUGGUAGGCUUUGAAUUGGCAAGGAUGGGCAAAGGACGCAAGAUCCAGAAAUUACAAGUCAGUUCUGUGAGGGAGCUCAAACAAGCAGUUGGCAAAAGUAGAGUUUACAUUCUACCACGGGCUGCUAUAUUGCAGUUAACAUCACCACCCUCUGCCAGGUCCCAGAAUUCAUCCCCACCACUCUCCACAGCUCCAGCAGUAGAUGAGACCUCACAAAUGGCUGAAGAGAAUGUAGUUUCAGAUCAGGUGACACCUACAUCCUCUGCCAUAUCCCAUAGUUCAUUCCCACCACUCUCAACUGCCCCAGUACAAGAUGGGACCAUCCUUGUGGCUGAGAGUACCCAAGCUCAAAAUGUAGUUUCAGAUCAGGCUCUUCAAGAAUGGCAAGCAAUACGUGCCCAGCAAGACCAAGAAUAUAAUGAAACCUUGUUGGAGGACCAGGAAAAGGAGAUGAAGAAACGGGCUUAUCAGGCCUUUGAGGAAAGACGUCAAAAGGCUAUUCAAGCAAGACGUCAGCGAAUGGCUGCCUGUGAGGAACCCUCAGAUGGGGUGUCGUUAAAAUUUAAAUAUCCCAAUGGAUAUGUCAACAUGAGGAAAUUCUGCUUGUCUGAGACAAUUCAGGUUUUGUUUGACUUUGUUGGUCAACAUGAAAUGGCCAGUGAAAUCUUUAAGGUGCAGGAAGCCACAUCAUCAAGAUCAAUUGAGAGCAAUUCCUCUGGGUCAAUAAUGGAUCAUGACCUAAAAGCAUCCUCAACUCUAUAUGUACUUUGGCUUUCAAAUCAGGAUGUACAGGAAAUUAUCUCAGGUCAGCAAAAUGAUGGAGCUUAUGCCCUACACCAUGCCUCUCCUGGUCAGCCACUGCUGUCUGUGCCCUCCACUCAACCACCACUCACUCUGUGCUCCACUCAGCCACCACUGUCUGUGCCCUCCACUCAACCACCACUCACUCUGUGCUCCACCCAGCCACCACUGUCUGUGCCCUCCACUCAACCUGUUCUCAUACACAACAGACAUCCAAAUGCUUGAUGAUGGACCACUCACUCCUCCAUCUGCCCAGGAUGUAGUCAUUAUUGUUGAUGAACAAGAGGAGCCAGUUUCACAAAAUCUGUCACCUGUAUCACAACAUCAACUGAGAGGACCUGUGGAUGAGACUGAUCUUCAAAACAUAUUGACAAAACUGGUCAGCAAAAUUGAUGAAAGCUUCUGUCCAACCAGCAACCAAAUAAAUGUGUGCAGGAAUAAUGUCUUGCUGUGUAGCCUGCAAGCAUUCAAAUGUAGGAACUUCAACCCUGAAGCAAAAUUGGACGUUGUGUUUGUGGAUGAAGAUGGCAAUGGUGAAGGGGCAGUUGACGAAGGUGGCCCAACAAGAGAGUACCUAAGGCUGCUGAUGAGGGCCAUCCACCAGUCAAACAUCUUUGAGGGCCACGAGAAAGAUCGGCAGUUAUCUCUUGAUACUCAAGCUUUACAGACUAAUCUAUACACAUGGGUGGCAAAAAUGAUAGCUGUGUGCGUCGUUCAUGGAGGAGUUGGACCACAUUUCUUCUCUGAAAGGCUUUUCCAGCAGAUUUGUGGGAUACCAACAUCCCCCACCAUUGUAGAUGAAGUUUGUGACCAUACCUUCAGGCAACAGUUAAUCAGAAUACAGGAAGCGACAACGGUCCAAGAGGCAAACAGUGCCAUUGCAGAAGCAGCAGACAGUCUCAGCAUUAUAGGUGCCUUGAGACAUGUCUCCAACCUGAAGGAGAAGGACUCCCUUGUCCAGUCUGCUGCAGACUUUUUUGUCAAUGGAAGGAUGCAGACUGCCCUGGACCAGUUUGUCGAGGGGUUUAGAACCCUAGGAUUACUGGAGGAGCUUAGAGAGAAUCCAGCAGUGUUCCACAGCAUGUUCAUCAGUGAGGAGAGGCCACUGCAGGCGAAGGACCUCUUCUCUCUAUUUGGAGUUGACUACUCUGUGCAGGGCAGCAACAACAGAGCCAAAGAAAACAGCACAAUAUGCUACUGGCGUGACUGGCUCAUUGAUGUCGAAGAAGGAGAAUGCAGUCCAAUCACACUUGAGAAGGUACUGGAGUUUAGCUCUGGAGCCUCAACGGUGCCUCCACUCGGAUUUCCACACCGUCCACAAAUUCACUUCAUCCACGAGGCCAACAGAGUGUUUCCAGAGGCCAACACCUGCCUCCUAAUCCUCCGCUUGCCCAUACAUAGUGAUUAUGAGGACUUCAGGAAAUACAUGAAGGAGGGCAUUCUGCAGGCCCCUACUUUUGGUGUUGUGUGAACAGUCUC